UGGGGCCCGCGCGGGGAGGGCUGCUUCACGUCUGGGUGCAGCAGAUGUGCCUUUAAAAGCAUUUCCUGAGUGACAUGACAUUUGCCUGGUGAACUUGGCUCGAGCCAGAAGGCAGGGGCCAUGGAGAGCUUGUCAGGAAGAUUACAGUAACUGAAACAGCAGAUGUCUAAGGUCCACAGAAGGAAAAGUACACUUUCUCACCAACACCAUCCAAACCCAGAAAUGAGUUUCUGCCAGCAGCCAUUUGGCGGCGAAGCACCAAGACAAAAGACGUCUACCCCAAACUGCCAGGCGGCAGGGGAGAAGGACACUGAUUUCCUCACCAAGGACUUCGACUUCCUAAGCAUGAACAAUGAGUCGUCACCAGGAAACCAGAGCCAAGCGAGCACAAAGGGGCCCGAGAACAACCUGUACGACCAGUACGAGGAGAAGGUGCGCCCCUGCAUCGACCUCAUCGACUCCCUUCGGGCCCUGGGCGUGGAGCGGGACCUGGCCCUGCCGGCCAUCGCCGUCAUCGGGGACCAGAGCUCGGGCAAGAGCUCCGUGCUGGAGGCGCUGUCAGGGGUCUCCCUUCCCAGAGGCACCGGAAUUAUAACCAGGUGUCCCCUGGUGCUGAAGCUGAAAAAGCAGCCCAGUGAGCUUGGCUGGGUGGGAAGAAUCAGCUACCAGAAGACGGAGCUGGAGCUGCAAGACCCCUCCGAAGUGGAGAGGCAGAUUCGCCAAGCCCAGGUCAUCCUGGCCGGGAACGGCACUGGCAUCAGCCACGAGCACAUCAGUCUGGAGAUCAGCUCCCCCGAGGUUCCAGAUCUGACCCUCAUUGAUCUUCCUGGCAUCGCCAGGGUCGCUAUGGGCAACCAGCCCCAGGACAUCGGAUACAAGAUCAAGGCGCUCAUCAAGAGCUACAUCCAGAGGCAGCAGACAAUCAACUUGGUGGUGGUUCCCUGUAACGUGGACAUCGCCACCACGGAGGCACUGAGCAUGGCUCAGGAGGUGGACCCCAACGGGGACAGGACCAUAGGGGUUCUGACCAAACCUGAUCUAGUGGACAGGGGCGCCGAAAAGAGCAUCCUGGACGUGGUGCGGAACCUCACGUACCCUCUCAAGAAGGGCUACAUGAUCGUGAAGUGCCGGGGCCAGAAGGAAGUCACAGACAGGCUGAGCUUAGCAGAGGCAACCAAGAGAGAAAUGAUGUUCUUUCAAACGCAUCCGUAUUACAGAGCUCUCCUGGAGGAAGGGAAGGCCACGGUGCCCCGUCUGGCAGAGACACUCACUGCAGAGCUCGUCAUGCACAUCAAGAAAUCACUCCCGCUGUUAGAAGAUCAAAUCAGGGAGUGCCACCAGAGGGCGGUGGAGGAGCUGCGCCGGUGUGGGGCCGAGGUCCCCUCAGAGAAGACCAACCAGCUGGUCUUUCUGAUAGAGAAAAUUAAGGUGUUUAAUCAGGACAUUGAGAAGUUAGUAGAAGGCGAAGAAGCCGUGAAGGAGAACGAGACCCGCUUAUACAACAAAGUCAGAGAGGAGUUUAAAAGCUGGGUAAACGUCCUCGCAGCCAAUACCCAAAAGGUUAAAAAUAUUAUUCAUGAAGAAGUCACAAAAUAUGAAAAGCAGUAUCGUGGCAAGGAGCUUCCUGGAUUUAUCAGCUACAAGACGUUUGAGACCAUCGUGCAUGAGUACAUCCAACAGCUGGUAGACCCCGCAGUGGACAUGCUGCGGAGAGUGGAUGAAAUCGUCCACGAAGCUUUCAUGGAGAGGGCCAGAAACAAUUUUAGUGAAUUUACCAACCUUCAUCAAAGAGUCCAGUACCAUAUUGACGACAUAAAAAUGAAGCAGGCAGAAAAGGCAGAAAACAUGAUCCAGCUUCAGUUCAAAAUGGAGCAGUUGGUUUUUUGCCAAGAUCAGAUUUACAGCGUGGUUCUGAAGAAAGUCCGAGAAGAGAUUCUUCACCCCCUGGGGAAUCUGCCGCAGAAUAUUCAGUUCAAUCCUCUGGCGUCAGGUGGCCAGUGUGCGAUUUCCGCCAUCACGGAAAUAGGUGUCCACCUGAACGCGUAUUUCUCGGAAACCAGCAAACGUCUCGCAAACCAGAUCCCAUUCAUAAUUCAGUAUUUCGUGCUCCAAGAGAAUAGUGACUGGUUGCAGAAAGCCAUAAUGCAGAUAAUACAGGAAAAAAAUUACUAUUCCUGGUUUCUUCAAGAACAGAGUGAGACCGCCAAGAAGAGAAGAUUCCUUCGGGAUAGAGUCUACCGGCUCACUCAGGCGCGGCAGGCACUCUAUAAAUUCUCCACUACAGAGUGCCAGUGAAGGGCCACGGUGCUUUUGGCUGUUUCCUUACGUGCAUUCGUUCAUUGCAAGAGGAAGUAGUGGAGGAUGUUGCUUCUGCUUUGGGGCCAGACUCAUCUGUUGCUGGCCGUGUCCAUCUUUGCUGUGCUACCCUCAGCAUGAGAGCUUAUAUCUGAGGUCCACCUGGGCUUAGCUGUCACCUCCACCAAAGUCUUCUCUGACCUCCAUGGAGAGGUGGCUUUCCGGUCUUGGGCCCCAUGGCAUACAGUUACAGCGUUAGAUACUGCUGCCAUUCUUUGCUAGUUUGUAUUUGUACCCCCCUUAUUAGAUUACGAGAUCCCAGAGGGGGAAGGUCUGUAUCAUAUCCUUCUUUUGUAUUUCCAGAAUUUUGCACGGCACCUAGCACAUAGUAACCACUUCAGAGGUGAUAUCUCACUGAACACGGGAGUACUGUGGAGUGAUGGAGGUGCCUGAGGCUAUCACUUAAGUCCAGGCCCUGGUGGCCCAGGGUCCCUUAGCUGGUCACUUUCAGGUGCAUCUGGUCAUGCCACCUGCUUCCAUCACUCCCUGAAAUCGUGAUUCCCAGCCCUCACCCCCUGCAGAAAUGAGCCUGAGUGACACUGUGUUCUCCUUGAGUUGCUUCCGUGUGGCCAUGAGCUUCCAUUGCUUCAUUAAGUCUUGAAGAGGAAUUUAAUAAGGAGAAACUUUUUAAAAAAUAUAUAGAGCUUCACACCAGUGAUCAUCUCUAGAUUGGAGAACUGUGGGUAAUUCUAUUUUCUUCUUCAUGCUUUCCUGUAUAUUCCAAACAAUGAG